AUGUCUGAGACUUUAUCCCCUAACUCCUCGCCCAGCUGCGAAGAACAUAGCAGACGCCGCUCAGUGUUCUAUGUGCCGUUAUUCGAAAGUUUCGAUAAUUACUUGCCUCUGACUCCGGAGGAGAAAGAAGCAAUUCUAUGCGGUCAAAAUGUCGAACAUACUCCUACUAAACCAAGGCGAAAGAAUACAGCGGAGUAUGGAAGGUUGCACAUACAUUCCCGCGCGGAAACGUCUUCUAUUGAAAGUGAAAGUGAUUUCAGUCCUGUCAGGCGAUAUCCACGACCUUUGUCGUCGAGAAUGAGUUCCAAUGAAGCAUUGGCAAGAGAAGGUCAAAGCGAUCUCACGAGUCCCAGGCUUGUCGCUGAGAGCAAUGUCAUUCGCCACAGACAUCCAAGAUUACGUACAACGACAUCAUGUGAACCGCGUUACGAUAGAAUAUAUUCCCCUCUCACAACAUCGAUCUCAUCUAACAAACUGAACAAUUCAACUUCAAGUAUAAGCACCAGGUUACCCUCAAAAAAUCCCAUACGCAACUCUAACCUGUCCUUAAUACCCGAUGCACCGAAGAUGCUUUCCCCGGCUAAAGAAAAGUCAAAAACAUUGCCGCAGAAUUUAAAUACACCUUCACCGAUUCGUGGCAGUAGUAGUUCUACGUCUAUAUUCAAAACUCCAAAAAUCACCGUAACACCUGAGAGUCCCCAUAAGAGUCCAGGAAAAAUGACGGGACUUAACUUUAUUAGGCGAUCGAGGAGCACGAAAUUGUCUAGAAGUAAUUCUUUGCUCCGAAGCAUAACUGCUAGAUACAUUGAGGAAGGUCUCGAAGACAACGUGGCUGUAAUAACGGACUUGACGGACAAUUAUGAUAAGUUUGUGGACGAUAACGGGGGUGAAAAGGAGGUUAUUUGUGCUUUAAUUAAGAAAAAUGAAGAGCAGAUUACGAAUAGUCCCCUCAGUAUGAGACGGACUUAUCUGGACGCCGAUGACGAUUUAGCUGUUCAUUCCGAUACAUCAUAUGAGACGUCAUGUCGGCGUGGUUCAGCCCCAAGUACUCCAAUACCCGGGACGCAGGCUCAGCACAGUCCCUCGCGCCUCGCGUCCUUCUUCUUCUCAAAGCGGUCCUUCAGAAGCAAUCCACUCAAACGGACGAAGUCAGCCGCCAAGAUAGAAAGCAAGCAAGUCCUUGCAGCCGUUCCGACACACCCAGCGACACACGCUUUGAGGACAUCCAGAUCUCAUGAAAGUCUCCUAUCAGCACAAUCGCCAGCAGUAUCAACAAUGGAUCUCGGACCCCCCAAUCAGGUUGAGAUUCGAGCUCUUCAUUCGUCAGUACUGGGCAGGCCGCAUUGUUUCGCACUGAGCGCUGAGAAUCGCGCUCCGCGGUACUUCGCGUGCGCCUCCAGAAAGGAAAGAGAUCGCUGGAUUUACAGUUUACGUCAGGCCGCUCGUCCCGAUGAGAUGCGGACGCGUCGCUGUGAACGGACGGUUAAGCUUUGGUUAUUGGAGGCUAAAGCCAUACCGCCUAAGAAAAGAUACUACUGUGAAAUACUACUAGAUGAUACUCUACAUGCCAGGUCUUCAUCCAAGUUAAAGACUGAGCUGUGUUUCUGGGGCGAGGUGUACGAGUUCUGUUCUUUACCACCCGUGAGAUAUAUUAAUGUGAACGUGUACCGCGAACCGGAGAGACGACCGAGGAAAAGAGACAAACAUGCACUAGUCGGUACAGUUCGUAUUCCCGUGGACGAUGUAUCAUCUCGGUACCCCAAUGAGCGUUGGUACCCCAUCAGUGAGGAUAAGCCGCAGUCCCCGGCCCGCGCGCCCGCGCCCCUCCCCGCGCUACGUAUCAAGUGUCGGUAUCAAUGCGUUGAUGUACUACCAAUAGACUGCUACGUGAGAUUCCUGGAUUACCUCAAGAAGAACUACAGACGUCUCUGCGAAUACUUGGAACCAGUUAUCGGUGUGAAAGCUAAGGAGGACAUAGGUUGUGCUCUUGUGUUGUGUAUGGCGGGUGCUGGUCUAGCGCCGCGGUAUUUGGCGGAUGUUGUGGCGUUGGACGUGCGGCGUACUGGCGACCACUCUCUCACGUUUAGAGGAAACUCACUCGCUACUAAGAGCAUGGAGGCGUACCUUAAACUGGUUGGAGAUCAGUAUUUACAGGAUACGUUAGGAGAGGCGGUAUUAUCAGCGGCUGGUCCGGGCGCCCCCGAGUGUGAGGUGGAUCCUCUCCGCGCUGGUUCAGGCGCAGCUCUCAGACGUCAGCAGACAGCGCUCCGUGACACUGUAUCCCUCGCCUGGUCGGCCAUCGCUUCCUCCGCCCCACGCUUUCCACCACCAUUGAGGGACUGUUUUGCUACCUUCCGUGAAAGGCUAGCAUCAAUGGGCCGGGAGGAUAUUUCAGAUAACCUAAUAAGUGCUUCAAUUUUCCUUCGUUUCCUUUGUCCUGCUAUUCUUUCUCCCAGUCUCUUUGGAAUUAUUCACGAAUACCCUAACGAGCGAGCAGCGCGUAAUUUGACUCUGGUGGCGAAGACUUUGCAAACGUUGGCAAACUUCACGCGCUUCCAGGGCAAGGAGGCUUUUAUGGAGUUCCUCAACGACUUCUUAGAACAGGAGGCACCCAAUAUGAAAGCUUUCCUAAGGGCUAUAUCGCUAAAUUCUUCAACGUUAUUCUUUCAGACGAGACCUCAAGAGCAGCAACAUCAAUCCAGCCAGCAACAGCAACAGAGCAACCAGACCGACAGCAAGCGAAACUCAUCCACAUCCCACUCAUCUGUGGAGGGGGAAGUGGACCCUGACCCUGAAUGGGCCCCCCACGUCGAUCUCGGCAAGCAACUAGCAACACUGCAUUCCUUGCUAGUGGACAGUCUGCCGAAAUUGUGUGCUGCUAAAAUACAGGAGCUCGAUCCACUGACUGAUAUUUUAGAUGAACUAAGCAAGAGAUUAUUGAGCAAUGACAAUGGACCGAUACCUCAAAUAGGUGACAAUAUAUUCAGGUUCAAUGAUCCGACAUGUAACGCACCCACAAAACAAAACAACGACACACCAACAAACGGUCCAAUGACGAAUAAUUUUGCUCACAGUUCGCCUAUAAUGAACAAAAAUGGCGUACAAUUCAACAUAAGUCCAUCGAAAUCGAAUGCCGAGGACUCUAAAUAUAAGGGAUCGUUUGCAACUGUUUCUAAAUCACCAAGUUUUAAUUUACGCUCAGCGACGCUCCCAAGAAACGGAUACGGUACGAAUCAAGUGAAUCAAAACGUUAACCCAGAUAGAUACAGCUCGCAGUACAAUAACCAAGAGCAUUGUGUCAAUUUGAAAGUCGUACAAAUUGGCUUUGGUUCGGAUCAGUAUCCCAAAGGCAUCAGUAACGGUGUGAAUGAAAACGAGAGAAGGUUUCAAGAUAGAUACAAACCUAAUAACUUUAACCAAACACAUUUCCACAACACUAAUUACAACAGCACCGAACGCUCGCCAAGCAGCGACAGCAUUAAUCACAAUUACUGCUCAAACGACAUGCAGAACAUUAUGAAGGAAACGGCGACCCUGGAUGAAUUAUCAGAUCUCUUGAAAUACGCUGAUGAUUCAGAUAUAGUAGAUGAAAAAAUGAUGAACAAGAAGAAUAUAUCGCAAUCUAAAACCAACAAUAACAACAUUAUAAACGGAAACAAAAACUCGUACACAAACAACGGCUCGAACGUGUCUAUUAGCGGUUUGUCAAAUGUUGCGAGCUCAGGAUACCAAAGUAUUGCUACUUACAGUCAAAGUUCCAGUCCCAUAGAAAACGCGACUCAUCUCCACCAAGCCUAUGAAAACGGUGGACAGCCGAUGAGCCGCUACUCACAACUAAAUUACCAAAAGCAGAGAGAUAAGCAGUAUUACGAAAAUAAAAAUGAAAAAUUCUAUCCAAAGAGCCCAGUGCAGCAAAAAAUUGAAUACGAUAUCCAGAAAUACGGCAUACAGAACUUCACGACCGCCGACAACGUUCAAAACAACACAAACGCUAAUACUAAAGUAGCACCGCUUGUUUUUACAAAUCCUGUCUACAAUAUGGAUGACAACAGACAGUCACAGGAUGCGAAGAAAACUAGUGAAAACAGAAACUCCAAGCGAUGUCCAUGCGGCUCAUCCAGUUCAUCCAUUGAUGAGGAGGGCUUGAGCACUGACAACGUGGAGACCAACUCCGAAGAAGGUUCUACCAACUUCAAUGAUGAUAGAAACUUCGACAAACAGAAUCGUAACGCAACCCACCGAAAACUCACCAGAGAUAAUUGUAAUUACGAAGACGUGUACCAGAGGACAACUAAUCAUAGUAACUCUCCUAGAAUAAGAGACGAUGAAUCUUCUAGUAAUUCUCCUAGCUUACGGAAAGCCAGCAAGACGCGAAUGCCUAGAACGAAUCCUAUGCUCUCUUACUCGACUAACCAAAAUCAACUCAACCUUAAGCAUUUCGGUCAGCGGGGUGAAUCUUUAUACGAGAGUAAACCUCACCACAUCUCUACCGAUUCCGGAUAUCCGAUGAGCAGAUCUGAUUCCAACGUGGAAGAAGUGAACAAGGAAAUGUAUAGAUUACAAAUAUCUCGAAGUCAGAAAGCGUUAUAUAACAUGGAAAAUUCUAAAAACUCUCCAGAGAAGUUCAUUGCGGAGAAUUCCAUAGCGGAAACGAACUAUCCUCUAGAUAGAACGUACUCCGGAGCAAAAAUAUCCAGUAGCAGGUUAAAUGAGGAUCUGGAAAGACAUCAAGACUAUUAUGGUAUGAGAGAAAGACGGGAAUCUCCUUCGCGAGGUUUCAAUAGGGAGUCGCAUUCAAGCGAGGCGAGUGAGAGGGUGCCCGUGAGGGUAGACAGAGAAGCUCCUGUAAGGGACAAGUUGCAACGGAGACUUAGCUUGGAAUCAGCCAGGGAACUCACUGACAGCUCAAGCGAAGUCGACGACACUUUUUAUAGUACAACUGGCAGAAAACGAGCGAACAAGCACCAUAGAACCAUUGAACAGUAUGAACGUGAAAUAGAGAGGCUAAAAUGUUCAGUGGAACUUCUAAGGGGGCGCUUGGGGCCAACUGAUUCUGGCCAAGAUCAAACUGAUGCCAAAAUGAAGGCUAUUAUAUCCAGAUUAAUUUGCGUAGAAGAGGAGCUUCGCCGGGAACAGCGUAAGAUGGCCGCCGCUUUAUCACACAAGCAACGCGUGAUUGAAGCUCAGGAACAUCGCAUAGCUGCUCUAGAUGAAGCUAAUACGAGGCUACUAUCAGCUUUGGUUCAUUUACAACAGAGAGCCCCCCACCCGUCACACAACAACAACAACAGCACUUCCCACUCCCCCCACUCACAACACUCUCAUCAGGAAUUACAGAUUUAA